AUGCAACAUAGUAAAGAUUCCAUGGUCUCCCUUCAGCUACAGCUUAGGGAUCAAUCAUGUGCUGUCGCUCUUGUGCAGGAACCACUCCUUAGUAAUAAGGGUGAGUUGGUGCGCACCUGGCGUCAUAUUGAGGCCUUUUCAGGUGGUGCAUGCCCUAGGGCAGCCAUCCUCUCUGCAGGUGUUGACCUGUGGUUUUGUCCGCGGUUUUCCAACCGUGAUGUCACCACUGUUUUGGGCAGCUUCGGCGAUCUCUCCCUCUACAUGACUUCAGUUUAUCUUGAUGGUACUCUGCUUUCUCUUCCAGCUUGUCUGGAGGAGCUUUUGUCCACUAGGGAUAAGCCAAUCCUUAUCUCUUUGGACACUAAUGCCCACUCUACUCUUUGGGGUUGCAGUGAGUCUAACGAUAGGGGUGAACUCCUUGAAAAUUUUAUUUUCAAGCAUCAUCUCCAUCUAUUGAAUAAAGGUUUUACUCCCACCUUUAUCACGCGGCGUGCCUCAUCUAUUAUUGACAUCACGCUUUGCUCUGAGGAGUUGGCUCCCCUCCUGGCUGACUGGAAGGUCAGUCAGGAGUUCCACUUCUCAGACCAUCGCCAAAUUUCUUUCACCCUUCCACUGGUUCUUCCAGUGCUUCCCAAAAUUUGGUGUUUCAAACGGGCCGACUGGUCCAAGUUUGAGAAGGAACUGGACUCUCUUUCAGAAUCCUGGUCCCCCCCCGACUCUUGGUCUCCUAACUCCCUUGAGUCGGAAGCGGGGUUGCUUCACAAGCACCUCUUUGCUGCCCUCGGUAAAUCCUGUCCUAAGACUAGGCCGGGGGCACCACGUUCUCAAAAGUACCCUAUUUGGUGGACUGAGGACCUUUCCGUUUCCAGGUGCAAUGUCAGGCGCCUGGAACGUCGGGCACGUAACUCCUGUUCUGAUGCUGAUCAUGACUUGUUCUGUGAAGCCAGACGUGAGUUCAAACGUGAAAUUGCUUCUGCCAAGCGUCACAGCUGGCAGCUUUUCACCUCCGAGGUCGACUCCUCCUCUAGGCUCGCUAAGCUUUCCCGGUCCCUUCUCAAGGACAAGGAGGCUUCCCUGGGCCUGCUAUCACACCAACAGGUUGCUGCCAGCUCCCCCACGGAGUCGGUCAGCCUCCUGUUUGAUGUGUUGUUUCCUGGUAGCGUGGAGCAGGAGCUUCCCCCUGCUCCUCCACGCCGCCCGGUUCCCUCCCACAGGAUCCUUAACUUCUUGUUUACGGACGCUAAGGUCUCAAAGGCUUUCAAAUCCUUUGGCCCUUAUAAGGCUGCUGGCCCUGAUGGCAUUAAACCCAUCAUGCUCCAGCAUGUCGGCCCGGUCACCCUCCGCCGGAUUGCGGCUUUGUUCACAGCUACGCUGGAACUCAGCUUCAUACCUGACCUUUGGACCCAAGCCCGUGCGGUCUUCAUUCCUAAGGUCGGGAAAAAGGACUACUCUCAAGUAAAAUCCUUCCGGCCCAUCUCCCUCACAUCCUUCAUGCUUAAGGCAAUGGAGCGUGUGGUGUUGUGGACCUUUGAAGAAUACUUCCUUUCCCGGCACCCCUUUCAUGACAGGCAGCACGCCUUUCGCGGUGGGCGUGGCACGGACUCUGCACUUUCUCAGUGCUGUAAUUUCAUCGAGAAGAGCAUUACUCGUAAUCAGUACUCUCUUGGAAUCUUCUUUGACAUUGUUGGCGCCUUCAGCAAUGUCAAAUUUGACCCACUCCUUCAUUCUAUGAAUGAGCGUGGCAUUCCUCGUGUUAUCACGAGCUGGUACUCCGCUUACCUCACCCGUCAGCGGGUAUCUGCCUCCGUCAAGGGUGUGUCUGUGACACGGCUCUUGACGCGUGGUACUCCUCAGGGGGGCGUACUUUCCCCCUUUGCUUGGAAUCUGGUCUUUGACAAGCUUCUGGAUUCCCUUAACCAAGGUCCUUUCUUGGGCAUUGGUUACGCUGAUGACGGUCUACUUCUGUGUUCCGGCAUCGACCCGCAGGCUCUUGCUGAUCUUGCGGCUCCUGUUCUCCAAUCCGCACUGAAUUGGGGUGACAGGUUUGGGCUUCAAUUCUGCCCGGUCAAGACAGUGGCCAUGCUUUUUCACCAAAAGCGAAAGCCACUGCCUUCACCCUCCAUCAAAAUGGGGGAUCAGGUACUUACCUUCGUUCAGCAGACUAAGUAUCUUGGCGUCACUUUGACGCCUUCGUUGGAGUGGAAAACCCACAUCAAUGACAAGAUUGCCAAAGCUAAAGGCAAGCUUAUUCGCCUCCGCACUGCUAUUGGCAUUCGUUGGGGUCCAAAGCCUUACCUUAUGGACUGGGCUUACAAAUGCAUUGUGCUGCCUGCGCUCACUUAUGCAUCUUCUGUGUGGGGUUCUGGUAACCUCGCACCUUUCCGUCCGGCACUGACGAAACUCAAUCGUCUGGCCAUGACGGGCUUGGGUCCCAUGCGGCUUAAAACCCCCACUGCGGGCCUCGAGUUAAUCACUAACACUCCUCCUCUCGACCUUCUUAUCAAGAAGCUCGGGAUGUUGACGUAUAAUCGUCUUAAACCCAUCCUCCCUGUCACUUGGGAUGGUUUGGGCGCUCGUCGCAAAAUGGGGCACGUCCGCUCUUGGAAUGACCUCGUUACUCGCGACAAGAUCAGCCUUGGCCCUCCGGACCGCGGCUGUCGUACCUACCACUGGCGGAAGCUGCUCCCUGAGCAACCUUCCGCCAGCUGGAAGGAUUCGCUACAAGUUCACUUUGUGGCCUCCAGUCAAGGGGGGAGCGGUUGCCCCUCCUUUGGCUGCAAAAUUCUCACCUCCCCGGCUGAGAUGUGGAGUGGCUUCCUUGGAGGCGACCCCGCUCAGCCGGCUAUCCUGUUCUUGGCUUACGUCAUUGGCAGGCUGCUCCAGGCAGGUCAUUCAGAGAUCUGCCUGGUUCUGGAUUCACUUCCAGGUCCUUUGGACGUUACCAUCACCAAGGUGAACUCGGUUGGUUCUGUUGCCUCUGCUCUCCAGACCAAUCCUGCUGCCCACGUUUUCUGGCGCCGGACAGCAAAGGAUGACUUACCUCAUCUCACGGACGCCGCAAUUGCUUCCUCAAAUGCGGUGCUUCGGCUCGAGCUAGAGUCCUGGACGGACCCAGCCGCUAACCGUCGCCAGGCCUGGUCCUGGCUCCGGAAACAAUGGACUGCUCGCUGGAGCAAGUCCAUUGAGUAUCGGCAAACGAAGUACUGGUUCUCUGAACCAGACCGCAAUUUGUCUGCUUCGCUCCUUCAAAAGUCAAGGGACGACUUUGGUCUACGGGCUCAAUUCCUUACCGGCCAUUGCUGGCUUCGCCGCCACUCUCAUGUGGUUGGCGAGUCAGACGAUCCUACUUGCCGUCUCUGCAAGGUAGGUCCUGAGGAGCCUUUUCACCUCUUCUCUGAGUGCCCCGCCCUCCAAUCGGAGCGCACUCUCAUCCUCGGUAGUUCCCAUACUUCCGGGGAAUGGACGCUCAGGCAACUUGACCGUUUCCUGAAGCUUCCCACCAUCCGAGAUCUUCUCGGCCCCCCACCGGAGGCGGUAGCCUCUGGGGUGGCUGGUGCAGCUUCAUCUGCACCCUCCUCCCCUCCCUAG